AUGGUUGAAGGAAAGAAACUACCAGCGGUCCCUGAGACGUUAUUGAAAAGGCGAAAGCAAAGAGCUGAACAGAUAGCAAAGACCAAAGUGGUCCAAGCUAAGCUCGCAGUGAAAGCGAAGGUCAAGAAGGCACUAAUUUUCAAAAGAGCCGAACAAUAUGUACGAGAAUACCGAGAUCGUGAACGUCAACAAAUACACUUGAAACGUGAAGCGAAACGCAAUGGCAAUUUCUACGUCCCAGAUGAGCCAAAAUUAGCGUUUGUAAUUCGUAUCCGUGGUGUUAAUCAAAUGCAUCCACGUCCACGCAAAGUCUUGCAGCUGCUACGUUUGCGACAGAUCAAUAACGGCGUUUUUGUGAAACUGAAUAAGGCUACGUUGCAAAUGUUACGCAUCGUAGAUCCAUAUGUUGCGUGGGGUUAUCCCAAUAUGAAGAGUGUGCAUGAUCUUGUUUACAAGCGUGGUUAUGCUAAGGUUAAUGCGCGCAGGAUUCCUAUCACGGAUAACUCGAUUAUCGAAUCUGCGCUCGGAAAGCACGGAAUAAUAUGUAUGGAAGACCUGGUCCAUGAAGUAUAUAACGUUGGCGAGCAUUUCAAGCAGGCAACCAACUUUUUGUGGCCCUUCAAGCUGAAUAAUCCCAAUGGUGGCUGGAGCAAAAAGACGAAUCAUUUCGUUGAGGGUGGUGACUUUGGAAAUCGUGAGGAUCAAAUAAAUAAUUUGUUGAGACGUAUGGUCUGA